GUUUCGCUUUGGGUUUGUUUUUGGUGGAGUAGUUCAGUUGUGGAGUCGAGCUACCUUGUCCCUUUUGCAAUGGAGAAAUCUGGGUAUGGCAGAGAUGGCAUCUUCAGGUCUCUCAGACCACCUCUUGUGUUACCCACUGACCCGGACCUCUCCAUGGUCUCCUUUCUCUUUCGGAACCCUUCCUCUUACCCUCACAAGCCUGCCCUCAUCGACGCUGAUUCCUCCCAAGUCCUGUCUUGGUCUCAGUUCAAAUCCACCCUCGUUAAGCUCUCCCAUGGCUUGCUCCGCCUUGGCAUCAACAAGAGCGACGUUGUCCUCAUCUUCGCCCCGAAUUCCAUCCAGUUCCCUCUCUGCUUCCUCGCCGUCGUCGCCAUCGGCGCCGUCGCCACCACCGCCAACCCCGUCUACACCGUCAACGAGCUCGCCAAGCAAAUCAAGGACUCCAAACCCAAGUUGGUUAUAACCGUACCGGAAUUGUGGGACAAAGUAAAGGAUUUCAACCUCCCGGCCGUCUUUUUAGGACCCAAUCAAUCUUCUUUUUCUUUUUCUUCUUCAAAAGUCACCCACUUCGAAGACUUGGUUAACCUAGCCGGGCCAAGGUGCGGGUCCGAUUUCCCGGCAAAUAAUGUGAAGCAGAACGACACCGCGGCGCUGCUAUACUCAUCCGGCACGACUGGUACGAGCAAGGGGGUGAUUCUAAGCCACAAGAAUUUCAUCGCCGCGUCUUUAAUGGUGUCAAUGGACCAAGAGCUCGCUGGGGAGACGCACAACGUGUUUCUCUGCGUGCUGCCGAUGUUCCACGUCUUCGGGCUGGCGGUGAUCCUAUUCUCGCAGCUGCAGAUUGGGAAUGCGGUUGUGUCGAUGGGGAAGUUCGACCUGGAGAAUCUUCUGAGGGCGGUGGAGAGGUACAGGGUGAGCCAUCUCUGGGUGGUGCCACCGGUGAUACUGGCGCUGGCAAAACAAAGCGUGGUCAAGAAAUAUGAUCUCUCGUCCUUGAGGCAUAUCGGAUCUGGCGCGGCGCCUUUGGGAAAGGAUUUGAUGGAGGAGUGCGGCCGGAACUUUCCCAAGGCUGUGAUCAUUCAGGGCUUUGGUAUGACAGAAACUUGUGGAAUUGUUUCCCUCGAGAAUGCGAGCGUAGGAAUUCGAAAUACUGGUUCAGCUGGAAUGCUUGUUUCUGGAGUUGAAUCUCAAAUUGUGAGUGUAGAUAACCUGAAGCCUCUCCCUCCUAAUCAGUUGGGGGAGAUAUGGGUUCGAGGACCUAAUAUGAUGCAAGGUUAUUACAACAAUCCCCAGGCCACCAAACUGACAAUAGAUAAAAAGGGUUGGGUACACACAGGAGAUCUUGGAUAUUUUGAUGCAAAUGGACAACUUUAUGUUGUUGACCGAAUUAAAGAGCUCAUCAAGUGCAAAGGUUUUCAGGUUGCACCAGCAGAACUUGAAGGAUUGCUUGUUUCUCACCCUGAGAUAUUAGAUGCUGUUGUAAUCCCAUUUCCUGAUGCUGAAGCUGGUGAAGUCCCAGUUGCAUAUAUUGUUCGCUCGCCAAACAGUUCUCUGACUGAAGAAGAUGCUAUGAAAUUCAUUGCUAAUCAGGUCGCACCAUUCAAAAGAUUAAGGAGAGUGACAUUCAUAAACAAAGUCCCCAAGUCUGCUUCAGGAAAGAUUCUUAGAAGAGAACUCAUCGAGAGAGUGCGGUCGAAAAUGUGAAAGUGAUGAAUAUUACCUCAUUCUAUUAUUGUUUGCUGCAAUAAAGAAUAUAAGUAUUCAGAUAAGGGGCAGCAGAGGCAAGAAUUUAUGCCCGAUGCCAUUCCUUCUUAAAAUAGAUUGUGUCAGUUGAACUGUUGGAAAUAUUUGGACCAGAAGUUUCUGUCAACAAUUAGAACAUAUUAGUGAAAAAUUCUAGA